CAGAGACUGCAGCACGCAGCGCGGCGCCACCUCGGAGAGUCUGCGUGUGGAUGCCCCUGGCUCCUCCCACUUGUCCAGUCACAACGGGGAGCUGCAGAACCUGAGCGUCUACGGACAAGGGGAGGGCCCACUGGCGGUGGACGGCCAUGACACCCUCCUCGCUGCAUCAGAACUGGAGGCCUUGAGCUCGCUGUCCGCUGACCACAGCGUGGCCAAGAGCCUGAACUGCAGCGUGAGGUUCGUCCGCCUUGAGGAGCUGACUGGACAUCAGGGCGGCCGCAAGGGCCGGCCCGGUGUCUUGUGUGGAAAGGUUAUUCCCAACAAUGCCAAUAUGAUCGUCCACAUGAGGACUCACUCUGGGGAGAAGCCCUACAAGUGUGACCAAUGCAUGAAGCGCUACCAUCGGAAAUGCGACCUGGAGAUCCACCUGAGGACUCACUCCGGUGAGAAGCCCUACAAGUGUGACCAAUGUACGAAGCGCUUCAAUCAGACAAGGAACCUGAAGAUCCACAUGAGAACUCACUCCGGCGAGAAGCCCUACAGGUGCGACCAAUGCACGAAGGGCUUCAGUCAGACAAACCACCUGAAGAUCCACAUGAGGACUCACUCCGGCGAGAAGCCCUACAGGUGCGACCAAUGCACGAAGGGCUUCAGUCAGACAAGCCACCUGAAGCGCCACAUGAGGACUCACUCCGGGGCGAAGCUCUACCAGUGUGACCAAUGCAGUAAGCGCUUCAGUCGGAGAGAUGCCCUAAAGAGCCACCUGAGGACUCACUCUGGGGAGAAGCCCUGCGUGUGUCUGCAGUGCGACGCCAGCUACAGCAACCCACGCACUUUGCGUGUGCACAUGCUCAAGCACCGUUUGACACGGGGUAACGGGACUCACAGCGGGGAGCUGCGCAUUCUGAGCGUUUACGGACAAGGGGAGGGCCCACUGGCGGUGGACGGCCAUGACACCCUCUUUGCCGCGUCAGAACUGGAGGCCUUGAGCUCGCUGUCCGCUGAUCACAGCGUGGCCAAGAGCCUGAACUGCAGCGUACGGCUCGUCCGCCUUGAGGAGCUGACUGGGCAUCAGGGCGGCCGCAAGGGCCGGCCCGGUGUCUUGUGUGGAAAGGUUAUUCCCAACAAUGCCAAUAUGAUCGUCCACAUGAGGACUCACUCCGGCGAGAAGCACUACAGGUGUGACCAAGGCAUGAAGUGCUUCAGUCAGAAAGGCACCCUGAAGACCCACCUGAGGAGUCACUCCGGCGAGAAGCCCUACAGCUGUGACCUAUGCACGAAGUCUUUCUGUCAGAAAGACUACCUGAAUAGCCACAUGAGAACUCACUCCGGCGAGAAGCCCUACAAGUGUGACCAAUGCACAAAGCGCUUCAGUCUUGGCUGCUACCUGAAGAACCACCUGAGGACUCACACCGGCGAGAAGCCCUACAGGUGUGACCACUGCCCGAAGUGCUUCAGUCUGAAAGACCAUCUGAAGACCCACAUGAGAACUCACUCCGGCGAGAAGCCCUACAAGUGUGACCAAUGCCCGAAGCUCUUCAGUCAUGGCUGCAACCUGAAGAACCACCUGAGGAUUCACACUGGCGAGAAGCCCUACAGGUGUGACCAAUGCCCGAAGUGCUUCAGUCUGAAAGACCCCCUGAAGCGCCACAUGAGGACUCACUCCGGGGAGAAGCCCUACAAGUGUGACCAAUGCAAGAAGUGCUUCAGUCAGAAAGGCAACCUGAAGAUCCACCUGAGGACUCACUCUGGGGAGAAGCCCUACGUGUGUCUGCAGUGUGACCAAUGCAAGAUGCGCUUCAGACAGAAAGGCCACCUGAAAUGCCACAUGUUGAUUCACUCCGGCGAGAAGCCCUACGAGUGUGACCAAUGCACGAAGUGCUUCAGUCUGAAAAGCCACUUGAAGAGCCACAUGUCGACUCACAACGGCGAGAAGCCCUACUGGUGUGACCAAUGCACGAAGUGCUUCAGUCUGAAAGGCAACCUGAAUAAACACAUGAGGAGACACACCGGGAUGAAGCCCUACAGGUGUGACCAAUGCACAAAGUGCUUCAGUCAUGGUCACGGCCUGAAAUACCACAUAAUGACUCACUCCGGUGAGAAGCCCUACAAGUGUGACCAAUGCACGAAGUGCUUCAGUGAGAAAGGCACCCUAAAUAAACACAUGAGGAGACACACCGGGGAGAAGCCCUACAGGUGUGACCAAUGCACGAUGCGGUUCAGUCAGAAUUACAUCCUGAAGAACCACAUGAGGACUCACUCCGGGGUGAAGCCCUACAAGUGUGACCAAUGCACGAAGUGCUUCAUUGAGAAAGGCAACCUGAAUAGCCACAUGAGGAGUCACUCCGGGGAGAAGCCCUACAAGUGUGACCAAUGCACGAAGUGCUUCAGUGAGAAAGGCACCCUGAAGUGCCACCUGAGGACUCACUCUGGGGAGAAGCCCUACGUGUGUCUGCAUUGCAACGCCAGCUACAGCCACCCAAGCAAUUUGCGAGUGCACAUGCUCAAGCACACUUUGGCACGGGGUAACGGGACGCUUUGAUUGAGACCUCUGUCCUGUAUUGGUUGAAAUUAGUACUUUUAGUUUUUCUUUUCAUCACGAUUAAACGCU